GCCAUUUUGGUUGAAAUUGAUCUCUGUUUUCAUGUAGUUUUCAAUAUGUUUAUAAUUUGAAAGUGUGACAUCGUUUCCCCUGCGCUACUGGUAUGACUGUCCUGCUGUUUUGAAAUACCUUAUGAAAUGCACAUCUGCUGUUUUAUAAGAUUCUAGGUACUAAAAGCUAUACAGUUAUCUAUCCACAUUUGCCAAAGUUAGGAGCACAGGAACCCCAAAGUGGAAAAACGCUAAUGGAAAAUACUCUCCCCUCCCCCCAAGUAAAUACCUCUCUAGGCAUAUGUAAUGUACUGUGUGUUUAUUUUAUGUGUUGUUUUAGGCUGCCUGAAUCCCUUUGGAAAGAUGGAGGCAGGGUACAAAAAUAAAGUUGUUAUUAUUUGUAGAAUUUGCAAUACAACUCUGUGGUCAACCUGCCGAAUGUUAAGCAUUACAUCAUGUUGCCUAGAGAAGUAUUCACUCUAGGGUUCUCUUAAGUCAUCCAGUGCAGUUGUAUGGUCAGCUUCUCAUAUUUGCCCAUAGAAUUGUACUGAAGGACCUAGAGAUUCCUAGAGAGAACAUAUUAAGGAAACCUGUGACUAAUCAAAACCAUAAUAGUGACUGCAAAUCUGGAGGGCUGACUGCAUUGUGAAUUUAUAUUUUUGACCAGAAUCCUGUGGAUAUUGACAUCUUUGUAAAUGCAAUUGUUUCUGGGGAUAAGAAUUGGGCAGUUUUGUAACAUCGUAUUCAGCAAAAAGCUGUUGUUAUAUCCCUACAAACAGGAGUCAAUAAAGUAACCAAUGCACAUUGGUAUUGCUGCACAGUUAAGUGUACGUAAAAUUAUGGGUAAUGUAAACCAUGAUAGAGAAUUCCAGCUAUUAGAUAACAUUUAAUACUUUACCACUGAAUACAUUUUUAUGUUCUUCUGAUUUUAACUUUUGUUGCAGUUUAAAUUUCUAAGCCCCCUUGUGUAGAAAAAGUAUCCUAAAUAUAGGCAUUAAUUUAAACAAAAAUAAUAAAUCCAUCUCUGUGGUCAAGUAGAUAUGAUCAUGGAUGAAAGACUGCCUAUACUGUACUUGGAGAAAAGACUGGAAGGACAUUUUAUAAAUUAAAACCACAAUGAGUACCUUGGCUUUUGUAAGCUUUAAAAAAUUAGUGUAGUCAGUGUACACAUAUACACUGUCAUGUGUACAUUGUAAUCAGUGUGCACAUAGUGGUCACAUAUUUAAAGAGAUUUUGUCAAGGGAAUAGGUCCUUAUAUUGAAAUAUUUAUCAAUUUUAAAAUGCUAAAUUCAUGUUUUUUUCAUUGUGGGAUGUGAACACAGGACAGGCCUUUAAGUGAACUACUUUUGUGUUCAUAAAGGCACAAUCUAAUUAUAUGUCUUAGAGUUGCACCGGCCUACACAUGUGCAUUUUGUGAAGGGAUAGUAUGGAAAAUUUGUUUAAAAAUAGCACCCAUUGGAAAGUUCCAUGUGCAAGGAGGUUCCAAAUCAAAAUUCGAAUGUCACAUGUUUAUUCAAAACUGUGACCUUUACAAAAAAUAGUUAUAAUAGUCUUUCAUGAAGCAGCAAGAAAAUAGUUGGAGAACGAAUGGUCAGUGAGAGGCUUUGUGGUUAAAAAGACCUUAUGGUAUUUGCCUAUAUGAGCCUGCACUAGGUUUUGAGUUCAAUAAGAUAAAUCCUUUUUUUCAUUUCCAUCGCCCUCUGAGUCAUAUUUAGGAGAACUUGAUAUAGUUAGAAAUUACAAUUAUACUCAUGUAUAAGUGUAGAAAUUUUGGUUAAAAUAUCGGCUCAAAAAAACCAUGAGACAGUGUGAGUAUUGUAACUUAACUUUAUUUUAAAAGGAACCAUCCCAUUCUCUAAGUAGGCUUGUGAAAGCUUAGUUUGUUUUGGGAAGACCUAAAAGAAGCACUGACUCACCCUACUCUCUCAAACAUAGCAUCACUUCUGGAGUUUUGUUGUUGUUGUUUGUGAAUGCCUGAGUGGGUCAUACCAAAAUCCAUAACUUUGGCCCCAAAUCUUGCUCUCGACUUAUACAUGAUGAUGGCUUAUACAUGAGUACAAACAGUAAUUUAGCACUACUAAUUCAUUUCAUUUUUCAACCAAAUGCUGACUUCAUUAAUGUUUGUAGUAGCAAUUACUGUUUAAUAUAAUUUUAAUUUGUUACUUUUGAUUUACCUUGCAAGGAUUAUCCCUUGUGAAUAUUUUAAUAAUUUGGUUUAACAAUUUAAAGGGCAAUGACUUGUAUUAUAAAGUAAUCAACCAAAUUAAUUUCAUAAAUGUACCUCUCUUUCACACAGAUACCUUUCUAAUGAGGCAGGUUUUUCAAAGUUUAAGAUGAGUUGUUGGGGAAGUGGCUCUUAACAGUGGAUGCACCUUUUUCUUUUAUUGAAGAGUCGGUUUGUGUGUGCUUUUAAUCUCGUGUUUUAAUUGUAUCUGCAUUGUAUGACUGAAACAAUUAGCCAACUUGAAUGUCAUUCUGAAUGGCUGUUUUCAGUCUCUAUAUAUAAAAGUCAAAGUAUGUAUGUCUGUCUGCAUCACAAAAAUAUUGCUAGGUAAAGUGGCCCUCUGUGAUAUCACUAGAUUGGUUGUUGCUAGUUGAAGUAUUGCCUGUUGCUAGGUAAAAUGGACCUCUAAUGUCACUGGGAUAGAAGAGUGACAUGUCUAUGAGGGGAUGGAGGAAGGAAGGAAAGAGCCUCAAGGAGAGCCGUGUUGCCAUGGAGGCGUUGUGAGGUAGGCCCUCUCUGAGCUAGGGGAAGGGGAGGGAGAGAGGAAAGAAAGAAAGAGAAAAAGAAAGGAAAGGAGAGGGGAAGAAAGAAAAAGGGACGAAAGAAUGAAGAGAAAGGAAAUAAGAAAAUAUAUGAGGGAGGGAAAGAGAAAGAAGGGAUGAAAGCCUGGGGAGGAGGCGGUGUUCCAACACCCAGGUAAUGCUGGUAGAUAAAUAUAUACAAUCAGAGGUAUAAAAUUGCUGAAUUAAUCAGUGAAGAAUAUUUUGGAGUAUGUAAGCAUACCUUUUUGGUUGACUGUCGAAAAAGCAUUUCUCAGAUUCUGGCCAAACUCAGCAGCAAUUGCAUACUUCAACAGCUAGAACUGCUUCUAUGUGUUUGACAUCACAUUUGAACCAAAAUCAUGGCAAGAUUUCAUGCUUACAGUAGUGUUUUGUGUUUGCGUUUGUGUUUUUUAUUUGUUUACUUUUAAUAGCAAGAAGGGUCCUUGUGUGCCCAACACUGUUUGAAUAAUCUGCUGCAAGGGGAGUAUUUCAGUCCUGUAGAACUGUCCUUUAUUGCACAACAGCUGGAUGAAGAAGAGAGAAAAAGAAUGGCAGAAGGAGGGCUUUCUAGUGAAGAAUAUAGGACAUUUUUACAGCAGCCCUCUGGAAACAUGGAUGACAGUGGCUUCUUCUCAAUCCAACCCUCUGCACCACCAGAAAGCCACCUCCAGAGGGUUUCCUAUCCUUCCAGAGCAGGUUUUACAGUGGACAGGGGGCUGCAGAAGUGAGAGGAUAUUGCAGGUUAUAAGCAAUGCCUUGAAAGUUUGGGGUUUAGAACUAAUCCUCUUCAACAGCCCAGAGUAUCAGAGGCUCGGAAUCAACCCUAUAAAUGAAAGAUCUUUUAUUUGUAACUAUAAAGAACACUGGUUUACAGUUCGAAAAUUAGGAAAACAGUGGUUCAACUUGAACUCCCUUUUGACGGGUCCAGAACUAAUAUCUGACACAUACCUAGCACUUUUCCUGGCCCAGUUACAACAGGAAGGUUAUUCAAUAUUUGUUGUAAAAGGUGAUUUACCAGAUUGUGAGGCUGAUCAGUUAUUGCAGAUUGUUCAAGUGCAGCAAAUGCAGCGGCCUAAACUGAUUGGGGAAGAUGCCCUGCAAUCAAAAGAUCAGAGGGUGCAAAAACCAGAUGUAGAACAAGCAGUAGAUGUUAACCAUUCCUCUGAUGGUACGGCCAUGUUAGAUGAAGAUGAAGAAAACUUCCAAAAAGCACUUGCUCUCAGCAGGCAGGAGAUUGAUAUGGAGGAUGAAGAAGCUGAUCUCCGUCGAGCCAUUCAACUUAGUAUGCAAGGAGGCCCUCGAACUGGCUUUCCAGAGUCUCCCACGCAAAAUGUUCCACACUCCUCUGGAACAAACCCGGCUGAAUUGCUGACAUCUGAAGAACUGCGUCAAAGAAGACAGGCAUAUUUUGAGAAACAACAGCACCUGCAUCAACAAGUUCAGAAUCCAGAAUUUCAUGGCGCACCAGUUACAAGUACAAACGCACAAGUGUCGGAUCCAGGAGGCGAUAUGAGUGAAGACGAUAUGCUUCAAGCAGCCAUGAAUAUGUCCUUGGAAACUGUUAGAAACAACAUGAAUGUAGAAGAAAAGAAAUGACAAAAAUGACUAUUUCUGUUUUUAUCUCAAACACUAAAUCCUGUAUUAAUCUUGUGAGGAUGGUAUAAAAGUAGGGUUCAUUUCACUGAUGUACCAAAGCAGGAUAUUGGCUUGAAAACUUUGGGAUUUGUGAUCAGAAUUAAAAGGCAACCUUCAUAUAACAUAAAUAAAAUAUUACCAGUGAUUGGUUUUAGCUUUGACCACAUGGUUAGUUCUAAUCAAGUUGGUAGAGACUCCUCAUCUGAGUAAAGGGAUAGCCUUCUGUCAUAAAAUCUUCUCCAGCACUUUUCCAACCUAUGUAGACAUUCAGGGUGUGUUUAUGAUAUUGAGAAAUAGUUGUGAAGUACCACAGCCCCAGUCAGUUAUGAUACUAUGCUCUUGCAGACUCCUUUUUCUCAGAGCAAAAUUGCCUUUAAACAAUAGAUCCACAUAAAUAAUCACGAGGCCUGUAUGUUCAGAUUGCAUUAGCCAGUGUGUGACAUCUGAACCCUCUUAGACACACGUAUAUACGGGCAUUCCAACCUCCCCUUUUAUAUUCUGAAUCAUAGAAAUAUGAUUUGCCCUUAAUUCCUGGAAGGUAUUCCAGUUACACUGUAUGUAAACAAAAUGUUGACUAGUAUUUUUUGUUUGUUCUAAAAAAAAUGAAAGCAUUUUAUAGGUGAGAGUAUUAAAAAAAAUAUGUACAAAGGCAGGGAAAAAUCUUGUGAAACCCUUGUGAAAGCAUAUGUUGAAUUCUAAGUCUUGCAAGAGAUAGGCAAGCCAACAAGUUAAUCACAGAUCACAUUUAAAAGAUGGAACCCUUAAGAUCAUGCUAGAGUUUUCCUCUUUUAUUUUAAGAAGAGGAGGAAAGGAAUUUUUAAAUAUAUUCUUAUGAUAAAUUUUGUGCAGUCUCUAUCAUGGUGUUUUGUCCUAACACAAGCACUCAAGUAUAUGAAUGUUGGCUGGAUAACUUAAUUUGACAGUGCUGCGGUAUUUGUUAUGCAAUCACCUUUAUUCCUUUUCUGUUUGGAAAUCUUUGUUUUAUGCUUUCUUUUUACUGUUUUGUUUCUACAUGUACUAUUAAAGUAAGUUACAUAGCUGCCUUACACUAAGCACAGUGUACUCUGAUGGGCAGCAUCUCUCAAAGAUCUCAAGUACUGAUUUUUUUUUAAGUCCUUCUGGGUUGCUUUGGACUGGCGAUGUCUGGGAUUAAACUUGGGACGUUCUGCAUGCAAAGCAUGUAAUCUUCCACUGAAUUAUGGUCCUCUGAGAAUUCCAGACUGUCCAGAAUUGAGAAAGAGAAGGGAAAAUUUUAAUGCCAAGACUUCAGUGCCACACUAUGAAUAUGCAUACAAGAUACAUGAAAUGAACCCUGCAUGGAUACCUAUGUGUUGAGAAUGAAUAUUCAUAAAGGAAUGUGUGAGUGGGUGUGUAUUCUAUCAGAAGUUAAUGAAUGUCUUUUGCCUGUAAUAAUUUUGAAGCUUUUCAUGAAUGGCCUUUGUUCAUGCACCUUACAGUUUUCUGUCAUUGUUUCUGUUACUGAGAAAGAAUAGGGAGCAAACCUACUUUUUUGUUAGUCAAAUUAUACUUUUGAUAUACAAGAUUACUAUGACAGGAUGACCAAAAUUGGCAUUCUGUGUUACAAAAACAGUUUUUCUGUUUUGCAAUUGGUGCUUUAAGCAUACCUUCUGUUUACAUAUUAUAUCUAAUUGCUACAGUUAUGGAUGUUUACAGUGUUCAAACUGUAUUCUUAGUUCAUAGGCAUUAGCCAGAUACAGUAAGAAAAUCUUGGAAAAUCUAUUUGUGUUUGCUAAUUGUUUCAGAAUUAUUAUUGCACCAUAUUGAUGUGUCACUCCUAGCUACUGAAUGAAAAAAUAAUUGUAUACAACUAUAUGGUACGAUAGGGAAUAAUGCGAUAUAAAAAGAGCACUUGGAUUUUGAUGAUACUGGUUUACAGCAAUGUUCUUUAAAUGGCUCUGUACAUAUAAGGAGCCAAAUCCGUUAUCUUAUUUGCAUGCUUCAUGUUUUGUUGAUCUUUGUGAAGUAUUGGCAAUGGGAUGUGGCUCUGUGUAUGAGCAUUACUUUUAAGACUGCAUCUAGCUUUAUUAUUUUCAUAAACCUAAGGCAGCACUAUUUGACCAUACUUGAUUUUUAAUAGUAGAAAACCAUGCACAAAUCAUGGAUUUUAAAAACAACUGCAGCAUUAGUUACUUAAAGCUAUCUGCAUUUAUUAUAAUUUUGUUGCUUUUAAGCUAUUACUUGAAAAUAAUAUGCGAAGGGAUUCAUAUAAAGCAUGAAAUGAAAGCAUACCACUCUGUAUAAAACAUGAGUUUAUUUUUUCUUUGUACUUUUCCAAUAAAUGGUGUUCUUCUGGACAAGCUGAA